GUCCUGCCUGAUUGGCGUCCUCGAAUGGAGGACCUUCAGGCUGAGGCUGAAGAUCCAAUGGGCGAUCAGCUCACUGCUUCAGGCGGUGGCUGCAGCUCAAAUCGCCCACUCAGAUGGCCAAAGCGAGGCUGACGCCGGGCUGAACUCAGCCUCGUGCGCAACCUCCACCCAAACCAGCGAAAAUCGGGAUAUCAGGCAGCUGUCCCCGCCGUGCCCUGAUCGCCCUCAGGAACGCUCCUAAAGACCGGACACCCUGCCAGUGCCCUCAUUUUCAUCUAAUUCCUCGUCGUUAUUCGCCGCGACCAUUCGUUGGAGGCCGGAAUAGUCGCCCCACCGAAAAGAGAACAUCAACUUCCGAAUACGUCCGGGCGAGCAGUCAGAGUACUCCAGUUCUUACAGCCUUGCUCAAUCGCCCCAAGCCUCGGAUGCCUCCAGCAAGACGUAAAGUCAGGAUGAAAGAGGAAGCGCCUACCAGCACCUCUGCUGGAACGCAGACCAGCGAUCCGAUCGAGCCAGCGCCGCCCAAGGAAACCGUUGUGACGGCGCCGACAGUUGACACCCCGACGACAUCGCCGACGUUCCAGGCGCCGGGUAAGACCCCGCCGCGAAGAGUAUUGCGACUGAAAUGCCCAACUUGCAAUGACUAUCCCGACGGCUUCCGCAGCGAGCAUGAACUCAGACGUCAUACGAACAGAGUCCACAGGAAGACGCGCAAAGUCUGGGUGACCAUCGACACCUCUCCCGACAAAAGCUUCCUUGCGAACUGCAAGGCCUGCCAGACCGGAAAGAGGUAUAACGAGUGCUAUAACGCUGCAAGCCACCUGCGGCGCAUGCACUUCCACCCCCAUAAGCGUGGUGAGCGGAAGAUGAGUGCCGCUGAAGCGCGACGAGGCGGAAAGCCUGGUGAUCUGGAUCCCCCGAUGGAAGUGUUAAAGGCGAACUGGUUACGGGAGGUAGAAGAAGUCGUCGGUGAGGAGGAGGAAUCUGCGGCUGAAAGAACCAGCACGUCUGCGACCCAGCUGCAACCACAGCCUGCGGUCAGCCAACCCGAAGGAAAAGCGCCACCAACGCCGACAACGCCGUCUACGCGAUCAAUGGCAAUUGAUAGCAUCGUCGACAAGGUCGAUGCAUCAUAGAGAUUGACGGCCCGUUGCAAAGCGCAUCGCCGAGUCUCGAGAGAUCCGACGGCAGGCCAGGACGAAGAGGAGGAGCCCACGAGCAAGAUGCAUGCGCGAUACCGUCACCUUCCAAGGUGCUAAGCGGUGGUUUCCUGCAUGCCCGCUUCUGCGUACCGGGUCCGCUAUCCUUCCUAGGCGGGAGAGACAAGGAGAGAUUUCCAUAACAAAUCUAUUAGAGGUGUAGACUGGGCUGGGCACAGAUGAAGGCCCUACACUGCGGCCAGUGCCCAGCAGGUUUUGGAAAAGGCGUCUUCAUGUUGUUUGCGUUGUAGCAGGAGUUCUGGGCAUAAACGGAGGAUCCAUGGAUGCGUUGGUUGAGGGACGCGUGAAUGACCGGAUGAAAAGCUUGCCUUCUCUUUUACUAAAUGGCACGGUUCGUAUGAGCAUAGAACCUUUUGUGCUCGGUGUUUAUCGAGCAUAUC